AUGGCGAGCAGAGUGAUCCGCCUGUUCAAGGGGCGUCGGGGGAAUAAUGGCCCUGCAGCUGCCCCAGCGCAGCAGCAGCCUGCAGAGCCGGAGCAGUUGCAGCCGCUGCAGGACGAUGCAGCCAAGGACCGGACUCAGGAGCGGGAGCCCGCCCGUGGCCCAUUCCGCAGAGCAGCCAAGGCACUGCGGAGGCUCCUGCGCCUGCCCCGCAGACAGACCCGCGGCACCGGCACCGAGGGCACGGCCCAGCCCGACUCCGGGCCCGAGGAGCUGCGGGCAGAGGCUGCUGCCAGCACAGCGGCCUCGGAGCCGGCAGCGGCCUCUGAGCAGGCAACGGCCGAGGGCAGGGUGGAGGCCGACAUGGCCCUGACCGAGGGCAUGGCCCCCUCAGACUCCCAGGCUCAGGGCAUGCCAGUGACCGAGGCCAUGCCCACCCUGACCGAGACUCCUGCACCAGCUCUGGAGAUUUUCCAGAAUGCUGCUGUUUCUCCACAGCAGAGCCUGCUGCCAUGCUCCCUGCCGGCCCCUCAGGGCACCGGGGCUCUGUCCCCCGGCCCCAGCAUGGGGCACGGUGCUGACGCGCACCUCUGGUCCCACAGAGCCACCGCGCUGAUGUGGAGAGCCAUCGGCACGUCGGAAGUGGCUGUGGAGGAGGUGCUUCCGGCGCUGCUCUCCGCCCUGGAGGAGAAGCCACCGUACGGCGGCUUCUACUGCUGCGGGGACAACGAGGCCGUCUUUGGCCUGGCUGCAACCCUGGUGCUGUGGAGGAUUGCCCCCAUGUCCGAGUGGCAUUCUGCUGUUGCCAAUCACUCUCCCCAACUCUUCGUGGCUCUGCUCCUGCAAAUUGUCACCAUCACAGAGCAGACGGCAGAGGACGCGGAGACCCGGAGCUUCUGGAGAGCGUGCCAGGAGGAACACGGCCUUCCCGGCAACCCCAGCAGCUUUGCAGCGCAGACCAUGAAGGCUCUGCUCUCCAGAGUGGGAUAUGCCUGGAAGCUGGCAGAUCUGGAGCACAUGCGGGUCUGGCAGAAGCUGCUCUGUGCCGACACUCAGCACUAUGCAGCGGCUCUGCUGGCCAGGGAGGUGCGCUGUGCCGCGAUGCCCUUUCGAUCCUUCUGUCCCUGCAUGGCCUCGCACCUGCUCGGCCUGCUCGUUGGGAAGCAGCCACGCUGCCCUCUGCCUGCCCUGGCUUUCUUUGUGGAGCUCCUGCCGUGCCUGGACUUGAGCAAAGACGGUCCCAGGGCCCUGCUGGUGCUGUCCAGGCAGCUGCCCAGUGAGUGCAGGGACAGGCCGCGCCUGGCGCUCCGAGGCCUCGUGGUGCUCAGCAAGGAGCCCUCGCUGGGCAGAGGAAUACGCGGCCUGUAUCCACACCUGGUGCAGCAGCUGGCCGACCCGGACGCAGAGAUGGUCGGCAUGACCCUCUGCGUGCUGACGCGUGUGCUCCAGGACAAAGACCUCGUGCUACCCAGCGUCACCGCCCUGAAGCUGGCUGAGCCUCUCCUGCCCCACUUUGAGAAUGACAACAGCCACGUGCAGCUGCUCUCCAUUCGCCUCUUCGGCAAGGUGACGGAGCUGGUGGUGGAAGAGGGGGAAAAUCCUCUCACAACAAUCGUGAGCCAGAGCCUGCUCCCUCUAUUCUUGCGUUGGCACGAUGAGAACCUGCACGUGUCCAAGGCCUCUGGCGAAGCCCUGCUUUGUGCGGCACGCUUCCUGAGGAGGAGGGACCUCGAGGAGCUGCUGAGGAAGGAGCAGCGGAUGAAGUUCGCCGAGCGCCUGCUGCUGCAGGACGAGAGCCGAGCGGCCGAGCACCUGCGCUGGGCCCUGCCGUACCUGCAGAGCCCGCAGCGGCCCGUGCGACGGGCGGCCGUCAGGAUCAUCGGGCUGGCCGGAGUGCUCGUGACGGGGCAGAAGGAGGAGCUCCAGGUCCUCACUGAGGCUCUUCAAGCCCUGAGAGGAGAUGAGAGCCUGUCCUGCACCAGCAUUCUGAUUCAGCUGAUCUUCGAAAGAAGAUCUGCAGAACUUGGUUUGUCUGCUGGAUCAGAUGUUCCGGCCUCCUUCGGGGAUUUCCAGUUCCUGUUGAAGAAGGGAGCACCUGCAGAGCAGGAUGGACCAGCUGGAGCUCCAGGCACAGCUCUUGCUGCUCAGAGCUGAGCCUGUGGGAAGCUCCAGGAGCUCCUGCCACCUCUCUCCCCGUUGGCAGCUCCCUCCCUGCAGCCCUCAAGCCCUGCCCAUCCCCUUUUUGACUUCCCAGCUCACCCCUUGGCUUCGCUUUCCCUUCAUAAACAGUUUCCCAAAACCCUAAGAUGGGAGCACCUGCAGAGCAGGAUGGACCAGCUGGAGCUCCAGGCACAGCUCUUGCUGCUCAGAGCUGAGCCUGUGGGAAGCUCCAGGAGCUCCUGCCACCUCUCUCCCUGUUGGCAGCUCCCUCCCUGCAGCCCUCAGGCCCUGCCCAUCCCCUUCUUUGCCUCCCAGCUCACCCCUUCCCUUGGCUUUCCCUUAAUAAACAGUUUGAGUUUUUCACUUGA